AUCAGCAGCUGGCUGCUUCUCUCCCAUAUCCCUGCUGCUUGGAGGGAGACCAUGGGGUCGCGAGCUGAAUGAUGCGGUAUAACGCACCUGGCGGGCGGACACGAAGGCUCGUGGAAACUGCUCCGUUCAUACAGCCUCACCUGGGUGUGCGGCCCUCCUUCCUGUAUAUUCUGUGAAAAUCAAGUGAAGGCGACACAUCUGCAGUCUCCCCUGAAGCAUGACUCGGUUCUAAAUCAUCACACGCAGCUUUUUGCACUUACUCUGAGCCAAUGAAUCGCAUUCAGACAUUGGUUACUAUGAUUCUGUUCAUCUCCACCUUCCUGGUCUUCUUCUACUCCACCCUGCACCUGGAGGUGGCCCACGGUCACCGGGCUGCAGGGGUCAGGGGGACGGCUCUGAGGAAUGGGACCCUCCGGGUUCUUGUCGGCGACGUGAAAACGCAGGCCCCCAAGCAGGAGAGCCUGAGCACCGCUCCGCCGCUCAACGCGUCCACCUCCAACGGCCUCAGGCAGAUGAUCCCUCAGAAUACGGCGUACUGGAACCGGCUGCUGCACUCGGCCCUGAACGGUAGCAGGCCCGAGGUUCGCUGGUCCCGCUGCAGGGAGAUGAGCCGGGAGCUUCUGGAAACCAACAUCCACGACUUCUCGUCCUACCCCGCCUUGUUUCAGACUUUCUUGGAGGGCAUGAACUGCAGAGCCCCUCCGGUCCUGAUCGGACAGCCCAAAAAGUGCCUGUCUGGCACGGCGGGCGGCGAGCAGACCUUCCUGCUGUUCGCCAUCAAGUCGAGUCCGGAGAACUUUGCCCGGCGGCAGGCGGUGCGGGAGACGUGGGGUCGAGAGGGGGUGUAUCCCAACGGGCUGAGAGUGCGCACGGUGUUCCUCAUCGGCAGCUCCUUGCCCGACGAACCGGAUCUCGGCCUGCUGCUGAGCGCCGAAGCCCAGCUCUUCAGCGACCUCCUGCAGUGGGACUUCUACGAGACCUUCCUCAACCUGACGCUGAAGAUGAGCACGUUUCUGGAGUGGGCGCGGGAAAGCUGCCCGCGCGUCUCCUUCGUCUUCAGCGGGGACGACGACGUGUUUGUGAACACGCCUCUGGUGCUCAGCUACCUGCAGGCUGUGGAUCCGUCCAGAGCGUCUCGGCUGUACGUCGGACAGGUCAUAAACUCAGCCAAUCCUCUCAGGGACUCCAAAAGCAAAUACUACGUCCCGCUCAGUUUUUACCAAGGCGCGUACCCCGGGUACGCCGGCGGCGGCGGCUUCAUCUUCUCCGGAGCUUUGCUGCAGCCUCUGCAUUCGCUCUCGCUCGUCAUGCCCUUCUUCCCCAUCGACGACGUGUACAUGGGGAUGAGCUUCAAGGCUCUCGGCGUUUCUCCCGAGGCGCACGCAGGAUUUCAGACCUUUGACGUGAAGAGCCAGGAUCGGGAGAACCUGUGCAUACAUAAAGCCCUCAUGCUGGUUCACCAGCGCAUGCCGAGCGAGAUAAAGAAGCUGUGGAGAGGAAUUCAGAGCCCCUUGCUGACGUGUUAGCAAGAAACAGACUGCAGUGACUUAUUAAAGCCACCGAAUUCUCAGUUUCACCGUCCUGGAAUUAAUUUUAGUUAAAUUUCUGUUGCGCAUUUAGAAUUUGCUCUCAGGUCAGGCUCUGCAUUGUUUAGGUGUGUAUUGAUUUACUUUUAUGAUGUAAGCUUGGUUUGAAAUAAAACAAGUGACACAGUGAACGCUUUAGAGUUUAU